UUGAUCUGUGUUUAUUUUCCCAAGCAUGAGAUCACAAGGAUUAAUCUCUGCAGUUGUUGACGCCCUGGAGCUUCUAUUUAACAUCUUGAUGGUUUGUGGUGUUUGCAUUUGCUGGAAUCAAGUUGACUCUAAUUACACAAGUACAGCAGGGUCUAAAACGCUUCCUAAUUUCAUUGAAACCCAUCAUGCAGUAUAUGAGUACGUCAGCAAACCACAUGGCUACACACAAGCUGAAAAAUACUGCGAGUACAAAUUUUCAACUCUACUUUCUGAAGUGAAAGAAGUCCAGGACUUACCUGAAAAUGUAGUUCAGUUCCCUAUUUGGCUGAAGAAAGAGAAAAAGUCAGAGAUGCGACCACUCACUGCUCUGGUUUUCGAGCACAGAACAGACACCAAGUAUGCCAAGUUGAUGACAAAGCUCCCAUCCUUUCAUAAAAUUACGGUUUGUGCCCAUAUUCAAUGGGGCAGCACCAGUAAGGAUCCUGAAACUGUCUUUUCGUAUGCAGUGGAGAAUUUCACCAAUGAGUUUCAGCUGCGAGGAAUGAACGAUGCUGGGUUUGUCAAGUUUGCCGUCAUAAUUCAUGGGCAUCAUUCAGGAUAUUCUUCUAUGUUCUCUAAUGAUGGACAGUGGCAUCACAUCUGCAUAACUUGGCAAAAAUGGAAUGAAACCAUAAAUCUAUAUGCUGAUGGUGAAUGGAGAACCUCCUUCAGGAUCCCUGCAUCCGAAGAUAUCAUCAUGGGGGGCAUCUUUAUCAUUGGACAAGACCAGGAUUCUUAUGGUGGGACUUUCAAAGAAAAGGAAUCAUUCAGCGGGAAUAUUACUGGUCUUAAUGUGUGGGCAAAAGUUCUUAGUAAAGAGCAGAUACAAAAGCUGUCACUAUGCAGUAAAGUAGAACUGGACUUUGUAUUUAAAUGGAGCACCCACCACCUGGAAAUUGAGCCUACAUUAAAGAAAAUGGAGGUGAACUCUGUCUGUUCAGGAGAUUCUUCAAGGUGUCAAAUUCUGCAAAACCGUAAUGGUGAGACCAACUACACAACAUGUUGGGAUGCAUUGCCAUUUGUUUGCUACCACGAAAAGGAGGUCUAUAAUCUCUUUCAAAAGACCAAAUCGAGUCGUGACCAAAGCUUCGCUAGCAGAGUGAAUAUGAUUUCAAACCGCAGCGUGAUAUCUGAAAAUCCUCUUACUAGUGAUGUUACCCAGUUUAGUGCACCUGAGGCUUUGGCGUGCCUUCAGGCUAUCGAAGUGGGUCUGGAAAUGGAAGAAAGUCCUCUGGAUUCAGUGGAUGUUUUGGGCAUCAUCCAGUUUCUGAAGGAAGUAGCUGAUGUUGACAUGCAUGGCAGCAAAAACACAUUAGAAGACCUGAGUCAACAUUUUGUUCACGUAACUGGGGAGCUUCUUGAGCAACAUGACCCAGACAUGUGGUCAGAAGUAGCUCCGAUUAUCAAAGGACCUAUGGCAAUACUUCAGACAGUGGAUAAAAUGGCCUGUAAUUUUGCCCAACUUCUUUCGGAUGAGAAGAAAGAAGUUUUUAUACAUCACAAGAACAUUGAAAUUGCUGUGAGUCAGGUGGAUCUAAAUGCAGAUGGUCACAUUUACAAAGUACAUACCACUGAAAGAGUGGAUGAAAUAGAAAUUCUCGAGGAGGACCUUAAGAAACUUGUAGAAGAAGGUCAUACUGAGGUUACUGUUGUAAAUACAUGGUCUAGUUUAAACUCCUUUCAACAUUUAUUUGGAGACCAGAAUCACAAUUUCAUUCAUGUAGAUACGUCUAUUUCACAUGGAGGAUACAAGCAUGUGGGCACCUACCUUGGCUCCUCUGUAAUAUCGUUGACUGUUUUAUCCAGGGAAAAAGAAAUAAGCACAUCGGUGCAGUACUAUCUGUGGCACAAUGAGAUGCCUGAGGGAUCAGACAAGUUCAGAACUAACCCAGUCUGUGUUUUUUGGGAUUUCAACAUCAGGCCAGAAAAAGGAGGGGGCUGGUCCACCACUGGGUGUCAGAUCAAAAACACGUUCCCUGAGGCAACCAGUUGUUUUUGUAAUCACACCACCAACUUUGCUGUCUUGUUGCAAAUUUAUAAUGUCCAGAGAAGUGCAGAAGAAGAAUGGAUGUUAAGGACCUUGACGUUCAUUGGAUGUGGAGUAUCACUUUGUGCUCUUGUAGUAACUUUCGUUCUCUUUCUUGUUGUUGGAGUUCCUAAAUCCGAGAGAACCACUGUGCACAAGAAUCUGAUAUUUGCUCUGGCUGCUGCAGAAACAUUGCUCAUGUUUAGCGAGAUGGCAGAGAGUAAUAAGGUUGCAUGUGUAACAGUUACAGCGUGUCUCCAUCUUUUUUUUAUGGCGGCUUUUGCAUGGAUGUUGGUUGAAGGCUUACUAUUAUGGAGUAAAGUUGUUGCAGUUAACAUGAGCGAAGACAGAAGAAUGAAAUUUUACUACAUCACUGGAUGGGGCCUGCCAGUCAUUAUUGUAAGCGUGACCUUGGCUACCUCCUUUAAUAAGUAUCUGGCAGAUGCUCACUGCUGGCUGAACGUUCAUAGUGAUAUCAUCUGGGCCUUUGUUGGACCCGUUCUCUUCAUACUAACGGUCAAUACAUUUGUCCUGUUUCGAGUUGUGAUGGUUACAAUCUCGAGUGCUCGUAGACGUUCUAAGAUGCUUACCCCUAACUGCAGCUUAGAAAAGCAGAUUGGCAUCCAGGUCUGGGCCACUGCAAAACCAAUUAUUGUGCUUCUUCCUGUCCUGGGCCUGACUUGGCUGUGUGGUGUAUUGGUACACAUAAGUGUAAUCUGGGCGUACGCUUUUAUUUUCCUAAAUGCAUUCCAGGGGCUGUAUAUUUUCUUGAUUUAUGCUGUUUACAACAGUGAGGUGAGGAAUGCUAUUCAGAGAAUGAAGGAGAAGAAAAAGGCAUUAUCAUUCACGAACUGUUCACAACCAACAAACUAUUUAUCCAGCCCAAGAUAUACCACAUCAGACAUAGACAAACCAAAUAUCAGCCCUCCUAAGAGCAGUUUAUCUCAAGUACCUUCAAAAAACAGUGAUAAUAUGGGACAUGUGGUCUCCAAGAACCCUGUAAGCAUAUAUUCCAUCUUGUCAAGUGACAACACAGAUGUAGAACUGACAUCUUUCAAAGCAUCAGGCAAGUGGAUGUAAUGCAGUUCUUGGGCUAUGAAUGUAUGUGACAUCUUACUUCAUAAGAGGCAUCAAUUGAAGCUACUGAGCCCUACUGCACAAUCUACAAGCCUGCCCCACUUACAAUGUAUUAUGUAGAAUCCAGGUGUCUUCUUGGGCACUGGGCCAUGGAGCGGCUGUCACUUGUGCACUCCCUAUAGCAACGCCUCUGCAAACAACACUGUGUGCCAAAGAAGAUUACCCAGCACCUUUGCUUGUUGUACUAGAGUAUAUUGUAUUGUACUACAUCUACAGUUCUGAUGUCUGCUUGUAUUAUGUGUACUGUACUGCUAUCUAUCUGAGCUAAAUGUACUGUACUGAUUUGUACCUGUACUACAUGUAUAGUACUGCUCUCUAUCUGUACUACAAUGUAUGUACUAUACUGCUUUCUAUUUGUUCAGUGCAUGAUCUCUGCGUGUGCUGCACGUACCAUAAUGUUCUCUGCCUGUACUACAUAUUCCUUUAUGUUCUCUGCCUGUACUACAUGUACCAUAAUGUUCUCUGCCUGUACUACAUGUACCAUUAUGUUCUCUGCCUGUACUACAUGUACCAUUAUGUUUUCUGCCUGUACUACAUGUACUAUUUUGUUUUCUGCCUGUACUACAUGUACCAUCAGGGCCGGUUUUAGGCUUAGCAUGGCCCUGGGCAAAAUCAAAAGUGGGGCCCCAAAAGUCGUAAUAGUGCACUAACCAGAUGUGCACAUUUUUGGUCACUUCAAAUACCAUAAAAAAAUAUCUAAAAAGCAAUUGUAAACAGAAACAGAAAAAUAAGAGUUAUAGGGAUCAGAAUAGUACAAUUUUAUAUUUUUGUAUAGUUCCCCCACAUUAGGUUUGCAGUAUAGUUCCCCUACAUUAGGCUGUAGGUCCCCCACGUUAGGUAGGCAGUAUAGUUACCCCACAUUAGGUUGUAGUUUCCCAACAUUAGAUAGGCAGUAUAGUUCCCCCAUAUUAGGUUAUAGUUCCCUCACAUUAGGUAGGCAGUAUAGUUCCCUCACAUUAGGUUGGCAGCAUAGUUCCCCCUGCAUCAGGUUGGCAGUAUAGUUCCCCCACAUUAGGUUGGGACUAUAGUGUCCCCACAUUAGGUUGGCAGUAUAGUUUCCCCACAUUAGGCUGUAGUUCCCCCACGUUAGGUAGGCAGUAUAGUUACCCCACAUUAGGUUGUAGUUUCCCCACAUUAGAUAAGGAAGUAUAAUUCCCCCAUAUUAGGUUGUAGUUCCCCCACAUUAGGUUGGCAGUAUAGUUCCCCCACAUUAGGUUGGCAGUAUAGUUCCCCCACAUUAGGUUGUAGUUCCCCCACAUUAGGUUGUAGUUCCCCCAAAUUAGGUAGGCAGUAUAGUUCCCUCACAUUAGGUUGUAGUUCCCCCACAUUAGGUUGGCAGUAUAUUCCCCCACAUUAAUAGGUAAAGAAAUCCCGGUACUCUGUGGUUGUUUUUUUGAUGCUUUUAUAUCAUUUUCACUGCAUAUACAGUGUACAAAAGACGCAGCAGCAUGCGUUCUGGCAAAAUUGCUUUCUCAACUGCAUAUCAUGUCAUGUUCCCCCACAUUAGGUUGGCAGUAUAGUUCCCCCACAUUAGGUUGUAGUUCCCCCACAUUAGGUUGGCAGUAUAGUUCCCUCCACAUUAGGUUUGCAGUAUAGUUCCCCCACAUUAGGUUGGCAGUAUAGUUCUUCCACAUUAGGUUGGCAGUAUAGUUCCCCCACAUUAGUUUGGCAGUAUAGUUCUUCCACAUUAGGUUGGCAGUAUAGUUCCCCCACAUUAGGUUGUAGUCCCCCCACAUUAGAUUGCAGUUCCGGCAAAAUUGCCUUUCUCAACUGCAUGUCAUGUCAUGUUCCCCCAUUAGGCUGUAGUUCUCCCACAUUAGGCAGGCAGUAUAGUCCCCCCACAUUAGGUUGUAGUUCCCCCACAUUAGGUAGGCAGUAUAGUUCCCUCACAUUAGGUUGUAGUUCCCCCACAUUAGGUUGGCAGUAUGUUCCCCCACAUUAAUAGGUAAAGAAAUUCUGGUACUCUGUGUUUGUUUUUUGAUGCUUUUAUGUCGUUUUCACUGCAUAUACAGCGUACAAAAGACGCAGCAGCACGCGUUCUGGCAAAAUUGCUUUCUCAACUGCAUAUCAUGUCAUGUUCCCCCACAUUAGGUUGUAGUUCCCCCACAUUAGGUUGGCAGUAUAGUUCCCUCCACAUUAGGUUUGCAGUAUAGUUCCCCCACAUAAGGUUGGCAGUAUAGUUCUUCCACAUUAGGUUGGCAGUAUAGUUCCCCCACAUUAGUUUGGCAGUAUAGUUCUUCCACAUUAGGUUGGCAGUAUAGUUCCCCCACAUUAGGUUGUAGUUCCCCCACAUUAGGUUGUAGUCCCCCCACAUUAGGUUGUAGUUGCCUUUCUCAACUGCAUGUCAUGUCAUGUUCCUCCAUUAGGUUGUAGUUCCCCCACAUUAGGCUGGCAGUAUAGUUCCCCCACAUUAGGCUGGCAGUAUAGGUCCGCCCACAUUACGUUGGCAGUAUAAUUUCCCUCACAUAAGGUUGGCAGUAUAGUUCCCCCACAUUAAGUUGUAGUUCCCCCACAUUAGGUUGUAGUUCCCCCACAUUAGGCUGGCAGUAUAGUUCCCCACAUUAGGUUGUAGUUCCCCCACAUUAGGUUGGCAGUAUCUGCCACUGAGCAGCCCGCAGGGGGCCCCCUGGGGGAUGGGGCCCUGGGCAAUUACCCGGUUUGCCCCGCCUUUAUGCCUGCCCUGUGUACCAUUAUGUUCUCUGACUGUGCUACAUGUACCAUUAUGUUCUCUGCCUGUACUACAUGUACCAUUAUGUUCUCUACCUCUACUAUAGUUCCAUUAUGUUUUCUGUACCAUACUGGUCUCUGCUUACUGAACCCUCAGACUGAGAGUCUGUUUGCAGUUCAUCUCCAAUAUGGUGCACAGAAGGUGUUCUUAAUACAGGAGGCCGACUCUGUGAUGGCCAUAUACCCUAAUAAGAUAAAUUGACUGCAAUGGGACAGUAAAAUGAUUUUCUACAAAACAAACAGUAAAAUCCAUAACAGACCUACUGUACAUUUUUUAAGUGUGCCAAUGACAACUUUGUUUAUGAUGCCCCUGCCCAUACUGCCCGGAUGGCGACUCUUGUGUUUUAAAAUGAGCUUCAAGCUCCGAUUCCACAACACCUGUCUCAGUGUGAGACCCAGUGACAUAGAAUCAUAUUACACUAGUCGCCUAUAGCAUAGCUGUACAUGGUGGGGAACUGGGAGAAUGGCGCCCUGUUUAGGCAUUUAGGUGCAGAUUUUAAAAUGAAUGCCAUUUGGAAAGAUGACUACCAUGCACAGUGCUAAAGGAUAGUCAUUUUUCAAAAAAGCACUGGUGGUACACUAUAAGCUUGUCAGAAUAAUUUAUAGUUGCUCACCAUGCAUACAGACAUUUAUUUUUCACUUUGUCCACCUACAGAAAGCAAGGAAUGAAACUGCUGGGGACUGAACUGAGAGUGAGCGGUCGCAAGUCCUCAAGUAUGUUUGAUAGUAAAAACCUCCUAUUAAAAACUGUCACAUUUGCAUUGCUUAUAAAUUAAAUAGAAUUAAAAACAGGAAAAAUCCCUUAGGCUACAUUCACAUAGUGGAAUUUCCAAACAGAUAAUUUCCAAAAGAAUUCUGCUGCACUCUUCACACCCCUCGGAAAUGCAUUGCUGUUUAUAGAGACGGUGCAUAUCCGAUGGGUCCUAGUGCUGUCAGCACCUGCUGUGCAUGGAAUGUCAGCGAGGAUAUUUUGUAGUCUGUUUUCAACGUUAAAAUGCCUAAAUAUUUUGUUAAAAUUUGGGACUUAAUUCAGAGGCCUUCCUGUAUUUAUUUCUGAUUUAUAUUGAUUUUUACAGUGAUUUUUUUUUUUUUUACUGGUUUCACAUGAGAGAUAUGGGUGCUGGAUAUCUACAAUCUUUAUUUAGGCCCUUUUUGAUUUAGAAGGGGGUCAUAUACUUUUUAUAACUGUACUGUACUGCUAUGGUCAAACGCUUCAAUGUUAUACACUGUACAUCACAACUAUGGACUGUUUGUUUUGGUAAUCCGAUUGGUGCUCCACUUGUUUGAAGAAAAUGUUACAGAAAUACAUAAAGCACUUACUAUUUUCCAAGAAACUAUACAUAUCACUACAGUCCAUCAUUAUAUUAUUAUCUACUAUUUUGUAUUUGCUGACCAAUAUAAAUGUUUAGGAUAAACAGUACUUAUUGCUGCACAACAGAAGAACAUGCGUCUAAAGAAUUGCAAUAUCGGUUCCCCAUUUCCAUGUAUGUUAAUAUAGCUUUCCUAAACAAAAGAAAUAAGUAAACCAUGACUGUUGAGACCCAAUUACCUUCUAGCAGGCUAUAAUUUCCCCUCCCCCUUACUACAAUAAAUAAUUAAAUAAUAACUGACACAACCACAAUUUAACUUUUUCGUGGGUGGGGAUCGGCCACAGCUUUAUUUAUAAAAUUACUUAUAUAAAUAACAAUUUAACUGUAACAAAGACACCGAUUGGCUUCUUACCAACCGGAGAGGUGCUGCCAUACUGUCCUGUGUGGAGGUCUACCCCGGGUUGACCCUGCUUUCACCGUCUUCUUACCGCCAAGCUGUGUCUUACAAUAAACAGAGAUACAAAAAAAAGGGAGGGAGGGCAAAACUCCGGGUCCUGACCAGAUUGAGGGGGGAAGGGAGACACCACAGCUAUAAAUACUCAGCGGAGGGCCCCUGAAAACCUCUGAAACUAUUAAACCCCUGAUUGGUGCACUCCUUUCCCCCCACCCAUGGGACAUACCACUAUAUUUACCGACAAGUUUUACAGGCGGGGGAGGGGGCUAAAAACCUUGCUUGUAUUAUUUCUUAACCACUUAACUGCUCACCAGUCAGGGGGCAAGCUACUUAUGCACAGCUUGCCCCUCCAAUAGCACACACCCAAUCUGAUAAGAAAUAAUAUUCAACAUGUCUAAUCCCCAUUAAAAACAUUUAAAAGACACAAAAGUGUCCUCCCACAACAGGGAGAAGCCCCAUGGACCUCUCCCAGGACACCUGUAUGUAAGCGUCUUCUACACUGCCUACACAAUCAUAUCAAUGGCUCGAUGCGCAGUAAAUCAAUACCUAUAUAAAUACUAUGAUAGUAACCUAUUCCCACUACCAAAUUGUUACCAAUAAUACGAUCUGACAAUCAGUAGUCCCACAAUUGUAUGUAGGGGUAGGGAACUGGAAAAUGCAAGAACCAGAGGCAGUAAUAGUCCAACAGGUGUCCUCCUGAACCCCACGCGUUCUGUCACCUGAGUGACUUCCUCAGGGGUGUUGAUAACACCCCUGAAGAAGUCACUCUUAGGUGACAGAAUGCGUGGGGAUUGAUCUCUCUCCCACCAAGUAAUCCCUCCACCCAUUGAAGCAGACAGGGUCCCUGUCAUCAGUUGACUAGUGAGUCAGGUCUCUGCCGCAUUGCAACCUGGGAAAAAUCUGAGACAACAGUAAUUUUGUAUGCUGUUAAAAAUAAAUAUUGGGGUAAAAAUCACAGAAGAAUUGUGAGACCACCGUCACACACAGGUACAGACACUAUAUUAUGAACUACACUAACUUUACAGCCCCUGUAGCAUAGUCAAAUAAAAAAAAUUCCUGGAAUACCCCUUUAAGGCUGCAAUUCCACUGAGGUUUUUCUUGCAAAAACGCUGAUAAAAACGCCCAUUUUGCCGUACAUCUGUGGCCAGAUGUUAGCUGCAAGUGAAUAGUGACUGCAAAAUGUCAGAUCCACUUGGCGUUUUUCAUUUUGGUGUUUUUUUAAUCCUUUGGGCGGUUUUCAGCUCUUUUGGGCUCAGAGGCUGGUUUUCAAAAAUGUCCUCAAAUUAAGAGUAUGGCUUUUUUGCGGGAAAAUCUUGGCGUUUUCCUCCCAAAGAAGUGCAUGGGAGUGAAAAAAUGCCAAGAAAAACGCCAUGUGGGCUUUAACUUUGGCGUUUUUGCAGGCGGUUUUUAUUCUUUUUUUGGACUUUAGCGAUGCAAAAAAAGUGAUGGAGAUACCUUUUUUUGUUAAAUUUCGCAAGGUACCAUAAAAAAAUUAAAAUAAAAAAGAUACAGUAGUGAUGGAAAAAAUUGUAUUUAACGAAAUUUAUAUUUUUUAGAACAAAAUUUUUAUUAAUUUUUAAACAGAGUUCAAUUUAUGUGGGCGGGCACAGAACUAAAAAUCUAGCUGGCAAUAUGAAAAAUGUAGAAAGGGGCCAUUUAAUUAUAAAAAUAAUAUAUUUUUUAUAAUUAAUUUUGUAAAACUUUUUAUUAGUAAUGUAUUUUAAUUAUGUGUUUAAUAAAAUGUGGGUCUUUUGUUUUACUUUUUUAACUUUUUCUUUUUAGAUUUUUUAGGUAGUACUACAGACUGUUCUAAUUUCUAUAUUGCUAUAGGUACCUAUAGGAGGAUAGUAUAUCCCCAUAGGAGAGUGACAUGUACUGUAUAUUGCUAUGGGCACCUCUGGAAUGGGCCAUAGCAAUAAAUACAAUACAUGCUACCAUCCUAGAGGUGCCCAUAACAAUAUAUGGUACAUACCACCCUGCUAUAGCAAGAUACAGUGCAUGCUACCAUCCUAGAGGUGCCCAUAAUAAUAUAAGGCACAUGCUACCCUACUAUAGCAAUAUACAAUGCAUGCUUCUAUCCUAGAGGUG